AUGGCGACCUACAUAAGAAGUGUGAGUUUCUUUUCCUCCUUGGAACGAACUGCGUUUUUGUCACGGGGAAACACGUUUACCCUGGAAACUAAACGAUAUGUGCGCGGACUGCGAAGGAAGCCUGUUAGGGUGAUAUUUCCCGAAGACGAAACGAAUAAAGUAGACAAAGAGCUGCUUGGUGCGACAAAGAAGAAAAAGAUUGAUGUUCCAGUGAAUACUGAGAAGAACCCAGCAGACAAAAGUGAUUUUAGGUCCAGGACAAGUAGUUCGAAGGCUGGAUGGAUGAAUGACGAAAAACGGUUGACCAAAACGACUUCCGCGGAUGUUGAAAAUGAUCAAUUUGACGGUGUCCGCUUCGAGAGGGCUUCAUCCGGUGAUAAGAGACUGGCGAGGCUGGUGAGCGUGGCCCGUUCCAGAACCUUCCGGGAGCAGCAGGGUAAAGUCCUGCUGGAGGGUCGUCGUCUGAUAUGUGACGCCUUGAACGCAGGUGCCGUCCCUCGGACCGUUUUCUUCAGCACCCUAGAGCGCUUGCAGGAGCUUCCUUUGGAAAAGCUGAAGAGAGCCACGCUGGUAAAAGUCAAGUUUGAAGACAUCAAGCUGUGGUCUGACCUGGUGGCCCCGCAAGGAGUCAUCGGCAUAUUUUCUCGCCCUGACGCGUCUCAACUGAGCUUUGCUGGCAUCAAAGAUGGCGUGCCCCUGUCUCUCAUUUGCGACAACAUCAGAGACCCCGGCAACCUGGGCACCAUAUUGCGAUGUGCCGCCGCUGCCGGAUGCCACCAAGUGUUGCUCACUAAAGGUUGUGUCGACCUCUGGGAGCCCAAAGUCCUGCGAGCGGCGAUGGGUGCCCACUUCCACCUUCCCAUUCAUUCAAACUUGAAGUGGGAGGAAGUGGAGAGUCAUCUCCCGGAGGACGUCGGCGUCCAUGUGGCUGACAACAGACAAAACCAGGAAAUUGACUCCUCCCACAAACCCAGUGAUUUUGGCUGGAUCAGUACUUCACGUGCUCGCAGUGACGCUCGCCUCGAGGACUCCGAUUCAGACUCUGAUGACGAGCUCUCCCUGACCAGAUUGAAUGACAUGGCGUACUGCGACGACUGGGCGCGGAGUCCGGUCGCCUUGGUGGUUGGCGGAGAGACGCACGGGCUGAGCUUGGAAGCUCUCCAGCUGGCGGAGAAAAGGGCAGGGCGCAGGCUCUUCGUUCCCAUGGUUCCUUACGUGGAUAGCUUGAACUCUGCUAUGGCUGCCAGUAUCUUGUUAUUUGAGGGCAGGAAACAACUGUUGAGAGCGACGCAAAGCUAUAGAAGGAAGACAUUGUCCAAUGCUGGACAGCAUGUUUCAUAA